AUGAGGCCGCCGGUGUUGCACCUGAUCGUGGGACUGGUGCUCUACCUGGUCGCCGAUGCGAUGACCGUGCCGGCUCUCGUCGACAAGGUCACCGCUGUGCUCUGCACCGCCGCCGACGGCAGAUCGUGCCCGGAGGCCAUCUACCUCACCGGCUUGGAGUCCUCGGUAGCAGGGAUUUUCAGAAUUAUAGGAUUUCCUUUCAUAGGCCAGCUAGCCGAUGAAUAUGGCCGGAAGCCUCUCCUCCUCCUCACUGCCUUCACCACCAUAAUCCCUUUUGCUGUGCUUGCGUGGAAUAAUUCAAGGACUGCUGUAUAUGUCUACCUUAUUCUCCGUUGUACCUUUUCAUUCUUGAUUGGUGAAGGAACCAUAUUGUUCCUUACGGUUGCAUAUACGGGAGAUGUGAUUGAGCCAUCAAAGAGGGUGGCUGCGUUUGGCAUCUUGACUGGAAUUGUCUCCGGUUCAAAUGCUCUGGGGGAUAUGUUUUCAAGGUUUCUGCCCGAGAAGUGGAUUUUUCAGGUGUCCGUUAUUUUGUUGACAUUUUCCGUCCUCUACAUGAAAAUAUAUCUCAUUGAGACAGUUCAAAGGGCUCCUUCUUCACCUUGUCAGCACAUGUACAUGCCGUUGUCAUCUUUGAUUGUAAGUUUACCGAAACAGCGUUGGGAAUCUAUCAAGGAGAACAUUAACAUAUUUAAAAACAGUGAACUACUCAGGCGAACCACGUAUGUUUGCUUCUUCUAUAAAUUGGGUAUUAAAGGCAUUAGCGAUGUCCAGUUGUAUUACUUAAAGUCAGUAUUUGGCUUCAACAAGGAUCAGUUCUCAGAGAUUCUAAUGGUCGUAGGCAUUGGAUCAAUCUUUUCUCAGAGCUUGAUCCUUCCAUUUAUUAGCCACAAAAUUGGAGAUAAAGGAAUUGUAUGUCUUUCACUACUCACAUCUGUUGCUUAUGCUUUGCUUUAUGGUGUUGCAUGGGCUUGGUGGGUUCCUUAUUUUAGCUCUUUAUUGGGCAUUAUUUAUGUGAUGGCCAAACCAGCUAUUUAUGCUAUCAUUUCUUUGGAAGUACUCGCAACUGAUCAGGGGAAGACCCAAGGUUUUAUCGCAACCGUAGAAUCUGUGGCCAGAAUGUUGGCACCACUUUUAAUGAACCCACUAACAUCUUACUUCAUUUCACAGGAAGCCCCCUUCAAUUGCAAAGGUUUCAGUUUCCUUGUGGCUGCUUUGGUUUUGGCUACCUCCUUGUGCUUUGCUUGGACACUUAAUCCCAAAAGCCAGGAUAAAUACCGAGAAGUUCCAAAUCCAAAUGACCCUGACGAGGAAGCAUUGCGAGAACCACUAUUAUCUUGA